UGCGCAGCCAGCACAGGCAGAAGCGUCCGAGGCGGAUCGGAGGACGGCUGGAGGAGCUCAGAUUAAUGUUAUUGUAGCGGAAAAAUACCGUCGCUCCAGUUUCACACACACAUACACACACUGCAACCUCUCUGGAAUAAAAAAAACAACAACACUGCAGUUUCCUCUCGGGGUGGACCGAGAGGAAGGACCGCGCAGAACGGGAUACAAACGGGAUUUUUUUUUUUUCGCUCACAAGUGCGAGAAGUUUGUUCGCGGAGUUUCAGCAGUAGUUUCGGGUGGGCUGCCCGCUGUGCUUCCCUCUGCCCCCGGCCAGCCUGCCAUAAGUUAGCCCGCUGUCCUGCUCCUCUCCUGCCAGCUGCGGUGAAUCAUGGCGCUCAGAGCCAGGGCGCUGUACGACUUCAACUCCGAAAACCCCGGGGAGGUGUCCGUGCGGGAGAAUGAAGUCCUCACUUUGUACAGCGAAAAGGACAUUGAGGGCUGGUAUGAGGGGGUGAACAGCAAAGGAGAGAGGGGACUGUUCCCCGCUUCCUACGUGGAGGUGCUGAAGAGCGACGCCGCAUCCACGUUCAACAACAACAGCUGCAACACAUCUGGGGACACUUACCCGGACUCCCGUUACGCCAACAUCCCUCCAGAAGGGUUUGACGGCUCUUGUAAACCCCAGAAUAAAGUUGAGAACUUUCCAAAACCCUCUCCUCCUGCCGGUUUCACCUCCUUCUCACCCCCCACACAGCAGCAGCAUCCACCACAGCAGCACCACUCUUACCAGCAGCCCAGCCAAGGCAGUGAUGAUGACUGGGAUGACGACUGGGAUGACAGCUCCACUGUGGCAGAUGAGCCGGGGACUGUGGGAGGAAGGUAUCAUGACUUUGAAGGCAACGGGCCCUCCACUUACAGGGUGUCAACGUCCUCGAUGGCAAGAGGUAAUGCACAGCAAGCGAAGAGCUCUGCCACAGUCAGCAGAAACCUGAACAGGUUCUCUACUUUUGUGAAGUCAGGUGGAGAGGCGUUUGUGCUCGGGGAGGCAUCAGGUUUUGUGAAGGAUGGGGAUAAGAUCUGCGUGGUUUUGGGACAGUAUGGUCCAGAGUGGCAGGAGAACCCGUACCCCUUCGCCUGUUCAAUUGACGACCCCACCAAACAGACAAAGUUCAAGGGCAUGAAAAGCUACAUGUCCUAUAAGCUGACACCCACCCACACACAGACCCAAGUGAACAGGAGGUAUAAGCACUUUGACUGGCUGUAUGCUCGACUGGUGGAGAAAUUCCCUGUUAUCUCAGUGCCCCAUAUCCCAGAGAAGCAGGCUACCGGGCGCUUUGAGGAGGACUUCAUUACCAAGAGGAGGAAAGGCCUCAUAUGGUGGAUGAACCACAUGACCAGCCACCCAGUCCUGUCCAAGUGUGAUGUUUUCCAGCACUUCCUCACCUGCAGCAGCACAGACGAGAAGGCCUGGAAGCAGGGUAAGAGGAAGGCGGAGAAGGACGAGAUGGUCGGGGCAAACUUCUUUCUCACCAUCAGCACCCCCGUGGCUCCACUUGACUUUCAGGAAGUCGAGAGCAAAAUAGACGGAUUCAAGACAUUCACCAAAAGGAUGGACGACAGCGCCUUGCAGCUCAAUGCCACCGUGGGAGAGUUCGCCCGCAAGCAGAUCACUGGCUUUAAGAAGGAGUAUCAGAAAGUGGGGAUGUCAUUCAAGGUCCUCAGCCAGGCCUUUGAAAUAGACCAGCAGGCAUACUCUGCUGGACUCAACCAGGCGAUCUCCUUCACUGGGGAUGCAUAUGAAUGCAUUGGGGAGUAUUUUGCUGAGCAGCCCAUCAAGGAUCUUGACCCAAUCACAGAUUUGUUAGCUCUUUACCAGGGUCACUUGGCAAACUACCCAGACAUCAUCCACGUACAGAAAGGAGCCCUGACGAAGGUGAAAGAGAGCCAUAAGCAUGUGGAGGAGGGCAAGAUGGACGGGGCACAGGCGGAAGGUAUCAACGAGCGCUGCAACAUCAUCUCCUGCGCCACGCUGGCCGAGAUCCAGCACUUCCAUCAGAUCCGUGUGCGCGACUUCAAGGCACAGAUGCAGCACUACCUACAGCAGCAGAUCGCCUUCUUCCAGAAAAUCACCGGCAAGCUUGAGGAGGCCUUGCAGAAAUAUGACAACGCGUAACAGAUCGCUCAUUGCAGCCUGUCAGUGUAGACCUUGGUGAUCAACAGCAAAGCACCUCCCUUGGCCAGCCAGUGGCGUUUUUGGCAGAGAACAGCCAGAAUCACACACCGCUAAAUGCUGUUCAUCCAGCAGGGAGGGACAUUCAAGGAGAUAACACUCCAAUAAUAUUGAAAUUUCAACCAAAUCCAGGGUUCUGUGUGUGUUGGCCACAUUUUUGGGGGGGUUUGUGAUGUCCUUAUUUUAAAAAAAGGAUGCAUAAUACAAUGAAGUCAGGCCAACUUAAGACUUUUAUGCCUUCAGAUUUGAUAGGAAUCAAUGAUAAUGAUGGUGCACCACUUGGGGAAUUCAAUCUAAUCAAUGUUACGACCUGCAGAGACUUUUUAUCCGCUGCUGCACGAUCUCAUAUUAUCAAGUGUUUUUUUUUAGCCUUAUAACACUGUUUUUAACUGACUGUUGAAGUGACUGCCACUCCAGGAGCGGCCAUGCUCUUGUGGCCACUGUACUGCCUUCUGGAAACACUCAAGCCCUUCCUGGUAUCUCGCUCCUCCUUGACAAACAGGACAAAAAUGUUUACAGUCUCCUCGCUGAGCAGCCACCGUCACCACUGUCUCGCUGUGCCUUCAGAUUAUGUCUCUCUGGUCAAUUUUGUUACUAGUUACUAAGUAAAAGCUUUAUAUACUGUAUAUGUAGAAAUAUAUUCUAUUUGUUUUUACAAAGCUACAAAUUUUGCAGUCUUUGAAAAAAAAGAGCACUGUGCUUUGGACGAGAACAGUGUCGGGAGAUAAUAUUGUUCGAUUGUGCCGUUUUCCCAGAGGACCCCAGGAUUUGAUUUUCAGACACACACACACACACACACACACAGUGUGACAAAGUCAGGAUCAAGAGAGGAUUACUUGCUUUGACAAGAGGAACCCAUGCCUUACACAUGGCACAGCCAGUACUGUCGCUGGUUUUAAGCUUUCAGAAUGGUAGGGAUGAGUGAAAUGAACACUUUCUAUGCCUGAUACAUGGAUUUGUGUCAAAAACAAUGUUGGUUAGUUUUCGAAUAGUGUUGAGAAGAAGGCUGUUAGAGGGUAGAGGGUUCCUCAUCUGUUUUUAUUAAUGCAGUCUUUCUAGUAGACAGUUCAACUGUUUUUAACCUUCGUGAUGUUGGUUGCAUCAUGAAGAGAUUGAUGUAGAAGCAGAAAAGCAAAAUAAAUUUCACAGAAAGCUGUUUGUUGGUCCUGUGUGUUUCUGUAUCAAGUGUUGAGUGUUGAACUGAUUGGACUGAACAUGUCUGAUCACAUUUAGAAUACAGUGAACGACAUGGCAAAAAAUGAUAUGUCCUGAUAGGUUCACUUGCCCUUUACAUGGCCUUUCAAAGUGCUUCAGACACGUGCUGCAGAGUGUAUACGACCUGUGUAACGUCUUACCAUUUUAUAAUGACAGAGAGACAAAGAUAAUGAACUGAGCAGCUCUGCAGGUUUCCUUGCCUGCUUGCUGCUGAGUCCCUGGAGGACUGGUGUGCCGUGUCAGUGUUUCACGCUAAGCUCACGCUUGGCUCACAGAUCUGCUGACAGUGCAGAGCCCAGCUCGCCAUCUGGGACAUCUGGCCACUGUUAAAAAGUGGCAGGAUGGAUGACAGUGAACAUGUACUGAACAGGAUAAAGGUCAGAAACAGCUGGGAGAGGUUUUCAUUAGCUGCCAUCAGCACCACCUAAGAUAUCCAAGUUAUGCAAAACAGUGCUUAUUGGAGAUAACAUUUUCUCGUCCUCGUGCGCAGAUUGUCUGAUUUGGGCGGUGAAAGAAAUCCUCCCUGUACACAGCUGUGACCAAUGCUGGCCCUUUGUUCUCUGUCUUGAGGUGGAUAUACUGUGCAAUCUUGUCCUGGUGUGACAAAGGGACAAGGUUUGUUUUUGUCAGAUGAGAAUCCAGCUUGACAGAUGUGACAGUGAGCAGGUCCACAGAAGAUGACAAAUAAUGGCUGCUUUCAUCACUGCUGGGUUUUAAGAUGCAACCACCCGGCUCUCUGAGGAUAUUUGUAUGUUAAUAUGUUCCCAGCAGCAGAUUAUGGGGAAGAGAGGAGACACUGUCCUAUCUCCUACUGCUUGAAGCCAGAAUAGAGAAACAUAAAAAUACUAGAUGGAAAUGGUUAACCACUGUAUAUCCUCCCGCCGAGAUAUCUAACUGAGAGCACUUUACAACUGAUACUAAUUAAAUGUGCAUUUAAAGACUGAAACAUUAGAGCUUCUUAGUGUGCAGUUAAUGAAUCAAUUUCCCAAAGGAUAAGAGGAUGCCUUUUAAUUCCUGUAAUAUCCUGUCACGUGGGCACUGGAAAGUGCAAACUCUCUCCAUCUCGUUUCCCUUUCCUGUCCUUUGUGUUCUUUUGCAAUCUCUGGUUUUCAUUUUCUACAUAAACUCGACAAGAUGCACUCAGCCUGCAGCGAUGUCAUCCCUCAGGCCUACUGCAAAAAUCCUGCCAGCGCCCAAGGAAAUGGGUGCUCCUGUUUUAUGUAUUGUUGCUCUUCCAGACCCGAAGACUCGGCUGUUCUAAACUAAUAAAUGUUAACACAUGAAGCCCAAAAGAAGAAGAAUUUGGCUAGGAAAGUUUACGCCCAGCUACUCCUGUUACACAUGAUGAAUGAAAUAUUAGAUUCACAGAUGAUGAGAUCAAUAACCUCAUAGGGAUUUAUUUGGAUGCUUCAAGGUUUUGUUAUUGCACACGCAGCAUGCAUAUGUUUUGAGUCAUGUCAUAGUCAUCACUGGCACCACAGUCUGGUGAGCAGGAAACAACAGCUCUUGACUCAGACUUGGAUUUGUCUUGAGACAGAGCAGUGUCAGCAGCAGACAACAUUCCACAGACACAAACGUCAAGUGUGUGAAACUGACGGCCACAAGAGCAAUACCGGAAAUACCCUCCAGAUGCUACGGGGGAGUGUGAUAACACAGCAUGGUACAAGUGUAAAUGCUAAAGAGUGGAAAAACAUGGAUGGAGUGGGAUUUUCUGUGGGAUUUAUUCUGGCAGAUCCAGAGAAUUGGCACCAAAAUUAGAUGUCGUCAUUGUUGUCUUGAGACUUGGCUCUUGUCUUUUUGGUCUUGCAUUGGCUCUCUGGAUUCCACUGAAUCUGACCCAGAAACAUUUUGUACCUUUGUCGUCAGUGUGGUGAUUACCCAAAGAUGAGAAACUCUGGCUGGACCUCCUCACAGCUGCUCUCACACGAGAGAAACAUUGAGACCUUAACAGUAUAUUUUCACUUCUAUCUCACAAAAAUUUCAUUUUUCACUUUGGUUUUUAUUCUCCUGUAUUUUUCCACCUAUUAUAAAACUUAGUUUACACGUCCUCUAUCUAGAAAUCGGUCUGUUUCCAUCAGUUUCCAUAGUUGGCAUUGAAAAGCAGAACAGUAGUUGUGGGAGCAGGGUUUCCCCACUAAUGACCUGGCACCGAUGCAGCAUUUGUCCACAUUGCUUUCAUAAAGGACUGAAUCAUUGUCUCCAGAUCUUUGUGUAGAUUACACUCAAUUCCUGUUGCACCCAUCCUCUGCAACUUUCAUGGUUGAUUUCUUUGAAAUGGAAAACAGGAGAAAAAAGCGAUUUCAGUUUGUGCACAAAUCACACAUCUCUUCUCAGGCAUCACUGUAACACUUGUUUGCAUCUGGUGUUCUUUUACAUUCCCAAGCCCUAAUUUUACAUUAAAUGCCACUGUGAUAGUUUGACUCUGACUUCCUCUCAUUGCUUUAGCUGAUUGAGGCUUUCCAAAUGUUAUACUAUAAUACCAGGAAAUGCCCUGAGAGAAACCACAAAGAUUUCAUCUCUCAUAUUUAUUCUUUUAAUGUUU